AGGAGUAAGGUGAAGCUUUUUGCCACAGCCCAUCUCUGCUCAGCGGACAGCCAGCACUAAGUCAGAGCUCCUUCUUCUGCUAUGCUGUUGAAUCUACCACGAUGGUGUGACUGCACUGGGGAAUGAGAGAUCAGGGGGAGCCCAGGACUGGAGCGUUGGAACGUACAUUAGAAGGAGUUUGACUCACACAUGCAAACAGACCGAGCUCCUUACUGUCGGUGGUGAGGGCCUCAAAAUCUUUCAACAUGUCCGUUGUGGGAGACACCAAUGAUUACCAGUGGAAGGAGUUCCAGGGUGCCAAAUUGGCCUCCCUAUUUGGACUACACCAGGAAGACAGUCAGGGGAACGAGUCCUUCCAGUACACCGCCCCGAAACAGCCCAGAAAGAGCUCUAAUUCAGCACCAGCAACCCAAAAACCAGCUCUCCCACCUGGAGCGCCUGCAGUGUUAUUCGCCACAGCAGUCCAAUCCUUCAGAUAUAUUAACGGACAGUAUGUGAAGCAGGGAAAGCUGGGAGCAGCCGUGCUGGGCAACCACUCAACAAAAGAGUACAAGCUGCUUCUGUACUUGAGCCAACAGAAACAAGUGACCGCUGCCAAGAUCCAUGUGGGCUUUGUUUUCACGGUACAGCCAAACAAUUACUGCACGUUUUAUGACGAGCAGAGGCAGAACUGGUCCCUGAUGUUUGAGUCAGAGAAGGUUUCAUCAGACUUCUGCAAAGAGGUGUGUAUGGCAAAAGCAAACAGCGCUGUCUGCUUGGAUGCUGUGGUAGUUCAGGAUCUUUGUGUUGGUGAGGGCCAGGCGGCGGAGAAUGGAGACUCUUUGGAGGUGGUGUACACAGGCUGGCUCCUGCAGAACCACGCCAUCGGAGAGAUAUUUGACUCCAACCAGAACAAGGAAAAAUUGCUACGGCUGAAAAUUGGAGCUGGAAAAUUGAUCAAAGGCUGGGAGGAAGGGAUGCUUGGGUUGAAGAAGGCCGGCCGUCGCCUCAUUGUCAUCCCACCGGACCAAGCUUACGGAUCCACGGGAGUCCCCAACCGUGUCCCGGCUAACAGCACUCUUAUUUUCGAAGCAGAGCUGCGACGGGUGAAGUUUUCCAAGGAUAAUGGGUCUGUUAGUGCCAGUGCCAGCUCCAGAGGCUCUGCUGCCCCCUCCCCAGCCCCCAGUGUGGAGAAUCUGGCCCCAGAGCCCCCAGCACAGAUGACUGGUCCAGGCAGACCAGGGGAGCCACCACUUCGUGCAAAGUCAAACUCCCUCAGUGAGCAGCUGGCAAAUCCAGACGCCACAAAAGCCAAGCUGAUCUCUCGCAUGGCAAAGAUGGGCCAGCCCAUGUUGCCCUUUCUGACUGGAGGGGCCAGCCAGCCCGAAUCCAGUGAUUCUGAGCUCGAGGACACCAGUGGCAAGGAUCUGCCUGCGGCUCCAUCUCCAGUGCAGAUCGCCACAGCUGCUCCAGCUUCGACACGCGUACAUCCUUAUCCUCACACAGCUCCAACUUCUGCCUUACUUCCUAUCAUGAGCAGUGCUGCCCCACAGCCUGGGCUGUCAGGCAGCAGCCAUGCCUUUCAGCCUUACUCCUACACGCAGAGCUCUGUGGCUCCAUCUCAGCUGCAGCCUGUGGGCCAGGUGUACCCUGCACAAACUAUCCCAUACAUGGGCUCGACUGAUGUGACUUCCUUCUUGAUGACUGAGGCCCGACAACACAACACAGAGAUCCGGUUAGCUGUCGGAAAAGUAGCAGAUAAAGUGGAUCAACUGGCCUCAAAGAUAGAUGAUCUUCAAAGGCAGGGAAGUCUUUCCAUGGCUGUUCCUAGUAUGUCAAUGGAAACCUCCAUGAUCAUGCACAACAUCCAAAGAAUUGUCCAGGAAAAUGAAUGUUUAAAAAAGGAAGUGUUUGAGAAAAGCUCUCGCGUUGAGGAGCAAAACCGUAAGAUUGGUGAGCUCAUCAACCAGAACCAGCGGUACAUGGAGCAGAGUAACCUACUGAUGGAGCAGAGGAACGACUCCCUCAAGUCAUCCAGUGAACAGAACCAGGCCAGAUUACUGCAGGCGGAGCAGGACAAGUGCUGCUCUGAGGAAACUCUAGCAUUCACUGCUCUCUCUUCUCAGCAUGCACUGCCUCAGGACCUGGGCUCCGGCCAGGUGCGUCUGACGGAGGAUCUGACUUUGUCCACGGCCCAGUUGUCUCAGCUGCAGCUAGAAGCUACAGCUCACCAUCAGAAGUCCGUGGAGCUGCAGGGGAAACUGAGCUCAGCGCUGCAGGACAGCGAGAGGCACUGCCAACGCAUCCCUGCCUUGGAAACACAGCUGGAAGAGCUGAAGGAGGUAGCAGAGAGGGCCCAGGAUCAGUACCGCUCAGAGAAGCAAAGACGCAAAGAGAUGGAGCUGAGAGUCAACAACAUGGAGGAGGAACUGCAGGACCUAAAGACUGAUAAAGACAGCCUAGAACGAACACUUUUGGAAAGAAAGAAGAAGUGGCAGGCUGAGCGUCAGCGUCGGGAUGAGGAGGUGGAGGAGCUCCGUAAGAGCAGCCAGCAGGAGCUGGACAACCUCCGAGCUCAACUUCGUAAGGCCAGGAGCAGCACUGACAGCGCUGCAUCUGAACAGUUGUCUCAGCUGCAGGCGGAGCUGCAGGAGGAGUGGAAGGGGAAGUGUGAGCAGAUGUUGGCCUCUGCCAAAGAGCAGCACAGCAGAGAGCUGGCUGAGCUAACAGAGCAGAGAGAUGCUCUGCAGGACAAGCUAACCCAGCUACAGGAAAAGUUUACAGUUCUGAAACAGUCAAGAGAUUUAGAAGAACAGACUUUACUACAACACCACGGGCAGACUGAAGAGCUGCAAGCCCUUCAGCACAAAUACACAGCCUUGGAGCAGCAAGGAGUAGCUGUAAGGGAGACACUGGAAAGGAAAGUGGCUGAACUGGAGAAGAAAGGGGCCGAGCAGGAGGGUUCAGGAGACACUUCAGCAGAGGUGAAGCGCGUGAUGAACGGAGUGUUUUAUUCUCUGCGGGGGGAGUUUGACCUCAGUGAAUCAUACAGUGGCCAGGCUGUGCUGGGGGUGAUCGUCACUACCAUUAAGAAUGUAACCCUGCAGCUGCUCAGUGGCACAGACAGAUCUUCACUGAGACCAAAUAAGAAGGAAGAGAAAGGGGACGAAGAGGAGGAGGAAGAAGGUGAUGAUGUGAAACAAAGACAGGAGAGUGUACAGAAUGUACAUGUGAAUGGUGACAGAGAAGUAAAAGAGAAGGAAGAUCAUGAGGCUGAAUCAGAUUCUCACCAAGUCAGUGAGACCCAGAUGGAUGAGGAAGUAGCAGCAGUGAAGGAGACGGAGACAGUAACUGAGUCAGUAACUGAGUCACAAAGCCAGGCAGAGGCACUACAGGCCACCGAUCUCAAUCCUGUUUCUUCCACUGAACCGAACACACAAGAGACAGCAGAGUGUGAAGUACAGCAGGUCAUCUCUACAGAGGAAAAAGACCCCGACAAGGCUGCAGAUCCAGAGGAUGAACCUGAUGAGAGUGCACCACCUGAGGACGGAGAGCAAACUGUGUCAGAAAGAAAUGCUGCAGUGAGCAGUGAGGUGGACAAUAGAGAGCAUGAUGGAGAAAUGCAUGCUGCUUCUCAGAAAGCCUUUGGACCCCCCGCCAACCCACCUCCACCACCAAAUGCACUACCAAACAGCUCAGGAGAGGACACGAGUCUGACUGGGGGAAUGGGAGAGGAAAAUGGAGGAGAGUCAUUUUUCCAGAUCACAACUCCUGCCAAACCCCCCGCAGCUCCCAGCGAGGAGGAAGAGGAGGAUGAGAUGAGCUUGAAGGGGCAUCCCCCCCCUGCCCCUCUCUUUGGGGAUGAUGACGAGGAUAAUGAUCUGGACUGGCUAAACUGAGUUGGAAGCAGAAUAAUACAAGUCUGUCUGCGUCUUGAUUUUCAACACUUGAUAUAGGCGCAGGCUGCUUUACCAGCUGUCUCUGCCUGGUGGAGCAGUCAAGAUGACGAGAGAUGCCACUGCUGAUGAACUUGAUUGGACGGAGAAGUCUCUGGCUGGCUCAUCACGUCUGUACAGUCCUGCUGACUGACAGCUGCUGCCUCAGUCACAAUUUCAUGCUCUGAUUUUGUUUGAAAUAACAAGCCUGUAAUUCACAGAAGAAUCAGUGAAACACUUUUCACUAAUUAUGUGAUAUCUGUUGGUGAUGUAAUUUAAUCAUUUUUACACAGCACUGUAGCAGAUUAGUUUGUUGAAUCGGCUGUUAUCCUGUUGUUUUAAUUUUUAGCUUGCUGCUUUAAGAAAAAAAACUUUUACACCUUUUGCUAAACUGAAAUUCAUUCCAGAAAAUAAAUGACAUGGAAAAUGUGGCCUUUAUUGCUUC